AGCAUCUGCAGUAUAUUACUCUAUAAUACUUGAUCUCCAUUGGCUGUAAUUCAGAGGAAUUUUCACUGAAUCAGGAUGCAGAAUAUUGCAGCUCUUAUUCUCUUAAUUGCUCAAGUUGCCCUCAGACAAGACCGAGUGGCUGUUAAAGGACAGACAUAUCCAUUGGAUAUGGCACCAAAUUCUGUUGAUGACCAAUAUUGUGGUUGUAGAAAGAACAUGUCAAAUCUGGUGUCGACAGUAUUUCUAGAGAAUGAAACCUCUGGGAAUUCUACAUUUGCAACAGCUUGGACAAAAGGUGUAAUAAAGGCCAAAGCACCUGAAGAUAACUUGACCAUGAACCAUUCAGUUGCUAUUUAUGUGUACACUGGUAACAAUGUAUAUAAGGAUUUCAAUGACGCUACUCGUAGUGAUAAACAGAAAUACAUAAACAAGACAUAUGCAUGGUAUUCACUUCAGUUUUUGUUAACAGAAGCAAUACAGAUUCUGAGGGAAACACAAAAGAAAUGCCAAAAAACAUAUCGUCGUACUAAAGUUGAAUUUGACAAGGAUGUUCUGAACAAAGAGGUUCGUUUUGGCUCAUUUGCAUCCUCUUCUCUCAAUCGAAAAACGAGUUUUGGAAAUGUAUCUUGUUUUGAAAUUGAAACUUGUGAAGGUGCUUAUGUGGCAAAAUAUUCUGUGUAUCCUGGUGAGGAAGAGGUGCUGAUUCCUCCAUAUGAGAAGUUUAAUGUCACUGCUAUCAAGAAAAGAUGUGAGGAAGGUGCCUGGUGUGACACUGUGUAUAAGCUGAAAAGUUCUGGAACAGAAAGUAACCUGAACUGUAUUGUGGCAUCACUGGCACCAUGAGUUUGAGAAAGAGGUGACCUAAACUGUCCAGCUGCAUCAGUCGAGUCCCAGAUGUCUAUCUUUCUUGUUCACAAGCUUUUGCAUCUCUAUUCAUUGAUUUUUGCUUUUCUUAAAUGUGAUUCAAUUAUAACAUGUCAUCAACUUGAUUCUGAACUUGU